CUCCAGAAGUAUUAACUGACAAAAAAUUUACUUGUGAAGCAAAUAUAUAUUCAUUUGGUACUCUUUUAUACGAAAUAAUUACAGGCUUAUCUCCAGAUCGCAAUGAUGCACAUGAUGCUGGUUUUGAAACUAGAAUUUGUAGUGAAGUAAAACCAAAAAUUCCAGAGCAUACACCAAAAUUGUUUAAGCAAUUGAUGAAUCAAUUCUGGCGUUCCGACCCUUCUCAACGACCAAAAGCCAAUGAAUUAAUAGACAAGUUAGACCAAUGGCAUAAAAAUCCGCCGUCAGAAAUUAAUAAUCAAACAUCAAAGGAAAAAGCAUUAACCGUAAUAGUUGACAACAAUCUUAAAGCUAUAGUGCCGAUAGCAAAGGGUGCAAAAGGACUCA